AUGUUUGUGGACUUAUCACCACCGGAACCAGUAGCCAACAUGCCAGUUAAAUCACCUCGGGACGCUUUAUACUGGAUCCUAAUACUAAUCAAUGCAAUACUGAUGAUCUCCAGCCUAUUAUUGAGCUCAAUCCUUACAACUGUUCUACUCGUGGAUACGCUUAAACGAGUGAAAGUGUGCUCUCAAAAGAUCACUUUACCAUUCCUGCUUACAAUCAUUGUCAGCAGCAUAUGCGAUCUGUCGAAUUUGAUAUGCUUGGAAAUUCUGCGAUACGAUGUGCAAAUACUCGAUUGUACCACAUUGGUCAUCUCACUGAUCACUUCAUAUUAUAUGACAACGCUGAUUUUUCUGCUCGGGCUCAAUCGUUUUGCAGCAUUCUGCUCCCAAAGACUUAACGAAGAGAUUAUGAGAAGCAAAAGGCUCUUCAUCAUAAUUUUUGCACUGCUGAUUCUCUCAAUUAUUAUUGGUAUUGCCGUUUACCUGGCAAGUGGAUUUACGAGAAGUUACGACGUUAACGAAAACAUGAUUGUGACUGAGGCUAGCAACACUGUGCUGCUAAUGGUUUCUAACUACAUGUUCUACACCAUUCCGCUUAUAUCGACAGUAUUCUACUUUUUAUGUUUUCUAUCGUUGAGAUCGAAAAGUUCGAGGCUCUAUGUCGUAAUCAUCAUACUUUUACUUAUCUCCAUCUUCGCUGGUGUAGCCGUUUACGAACUUACCGGACUGACCAAGGGUUACGAUGCCACUAUAGAGGGGAUGACGACAAAAUCUGAAAAUUCGAUACUUCUUACGGUGUCAAAUCACAUUUUUUACACGAUCCCUCUCGCAUCGUCCGUAUUUUACUGGUUAUGCUAUAGAGCUCUAAGAUCACAGCGUUCAAUGGUCCGCACAGAAGCGACAUUGUCACUUUUGAAUCGAGCUGAGAGGGCUAGCCUCAAGCAGGGCAUCGUCAUCCUUUUCUUCUAUUCUGUAAGUUUUCCCUUAUUCGAUUCUCAAAAGCUCAGCAAUCUGUCCGUAGUUGCAGAUUUCGCUCAUUAUGCACUUGACGCUUCGUUUCCAUCCACCCAGCAACACCUCGUACUUCGUCCUGAUGCGCAUCGAAACAGCCUUAUCUACAGCUCCACAACUGGCAAUUCCACUGAGCAGUUUUGCCUAUUGUACCGAGAUUCGGCAAGCCUCAUGGGCUCUCCUGACUUGCCAGCCGGUCAGGUCCUCGGUCGUGUCCGCCUUGGAAAGUCUUCAUCUUUCAAGAAACAGCAUCUCCAAAAGUUCGAAAAUCAAGGUGAUAGAUGA